AUGAGCGCCGUUGCACCCAACCCUCUGCCCGUGGGCCCAGCGCGCGCGAGCUCCGCCCGGCUCCUCGUGCUCGAGGCUGUCCCGCAUCCCGACUCCAAAGUCCUGCGCACGGUGGACACGAUUACGGGCAAGCAGUUAUCCGUCGCCCUGUGCGAUGAAUGGAUGCACUCCAACGUUAACCAGAACGAUAUCGUUCGCGUCCUCCUUACACGCCCAGACGGCUCCUAUCUUCCCUGGGACAGCGCCCCCGUCGACGAGCAGCACCCCGUCUUCGUAACUCGCGACAACCACCUCUUCGUUCACCACCCGGACACCCUAGUGUCCGGCACCUCCAUCGCCGACUCGUUCCUGUGCCUCCGUAAGUCGCUGCUCACGGCUCGCGUCCCGCCGCGCAGCAUUCUCCAAUCCACAGGGGGCGAAGCCGCGCUUUUCGGUUCUAUGAUUCAUGAUUUGUUUCAGAAUCUUUUGGCGAUUCGCACUUUAGAUGCGCUAGAUGUGUACGAGUCCGUGGAGAUCAUUCUGCAGCAGCAUUUGGAAGAUCUUUAUGCCGCUAAAAUUUCAGAUGCUGAUGCGAGGCUCGUGCUGCAUAACGUGAUCCCGUCCAUCAUGGAAUGGUUCAAAGGGUUUGCGAGGCUUGAUGGUGGCGAGAAUUCUGCAGGCGUUAAGGUCACGGGCGGGAAACAGACGUACAGUAUGGGUAUCGGCGACGUUUAUGAUAUAGAAGAGCUCGUCUGGAGCCCAAUAUUCGGACUUAAGGGCAAGAUCGACGCUUCCGUCAUCCUGUGUAGCAACGACGAGGCUGGUGGCAUUGGCGUCGUGGAAUUGAAGACCGGCUCAUCAGUUGGCUAUGCAUCUGUAUCGCACUCGGCACAAGUGAAUUUGUAUAAUUUGCUCAUGUCUGAUCGCUAUAGCAAGCAUACCAAAGGCAACUUCACGAGGCACCCAAAUAACAAAGCCGUGUCGUACGUCAGAGGUGAAGUUGUCGGGCUUCUCAUGCAGCGUAACGAAUUUGCGUCAUACGCGAGGUUUGAUUCGGAUUUCAGGAGACUGCCACCCUUGCUGCAGGGUCGGGAAGAUCUUUGCGCGAAAUGCUUUGCGAACGACACUUGUAUGAUUCAGCACAAGCUUCUGGAGAACGGAAGUAGCGAGACUGUCAAAGGCGGACCGGGACCAGGUCUUUUUCGGGAAAAGGCCAUGCACCUGACUGACGAACAUGCUGCGUAUUAUAUGUUUUGGAGACGUGUUCUAGCGGAUGAGGAAGCACAUGCUGCAAGGCCACAAAAUGAAGUGUGGAACAUGCGCGGCUCGCAGAGAGAGGCCCUUGGAAGGUGCCUGUCAAAUCUUCGUAUGGUGGAGGAUUCCGCCGGGAGCCAGGACGGCCGAGUCAAUUAUCUCCUACCCCCAGGGCAGCGAAUGACUGUAACAUUCCAAAGGCAUCAUGGCGAUGCGUUACAGGCCCCUCUGAACGACGCUGCGCUUGCCGAAAAUGAUUUUGUCCUUGUAUCAGCAGAAUCGUUGAACACAUCCGCUGGAAGCUCUCAGCAGUCCAUAUUUACAUGGCAAAGCGCGCUUACAAAUGGAUUCAUUCAGUCUACCUCUCCUUCGUCAGUGGCUGUUGUUAUCGAUCGAAGCUUGUUCGCAUGGGCUCGCAACCAGGCAGUCAAUGUUAACGAUAUUAUAUGGCGCAUCGACAGUGUAGAAAUACAUUCGUCUCAUAACACUGCGAAGAGGACCUUAGAGAAUCUCUUCUGCUGUGAUGAGACAACUGAUUUAGGACGCCUGAGAGGCCUAGUAGUGGAUGGCACCCGUCCCAGAUUGACUGAGUUUAUCAUUGGAAGCCAGUCGACAACUGUUUUAAAGAAGGAAUUCAAUGUGACUCUCAACGAUGAUCAGGAUCGAGCUUUGCAGAUGGCCUUGCGAACAAGAGACUAUCUACUCGUUCUCGGGAUGCCUGGAACUGGGAAGACAACAACUUUGGCUGCAAUUGUUCUCGCAUAUGCUUCACAAGGAAAGUCGGUCCUCCUUUGUUCUCACACAAACUCAGCCGUUGAUAAUCUUCUUCAAAGAUUAUUGGCGGCUGGAUUCCGAGACUUUGUUCGCCUUGGAAGGAAUAAGAGGGUAAUUAGCAAAGCGAUCCAUCCAUACCACAUUUCCACGCUGACGGCCGAUGCGUCAACGACAAAACACCUCGAGACUGUACUUGAACAGCCUAAGGUUGUAGCGACAACUUGUUUGGGCAUUAAUCAUCCUCUCCUUCUUCGCAGAGGACGCUUUGAUCUUGUUGUUGUGGAUGAGGCAUCGCAGGUGUUGCAGCCCAUAUGUCUCGGGCCAUUGCAAUUCGCUGCCGGUCCCUUCAUCUUGGUCGGAGAUCACUACCAACUGCCUCCACUUUUGAGAGCGCAGCAAGCGAACGAAAGUAUUGUGGUGGUAAGGAAUGCCAUGGACGCCAGCCAAGCCUGUAAUGGUACCCCAGCCAUCAGAUUAAACCCAGAAAAUCAAAGGAAUGAGUCUCUAUUUCGAAGGCUCUGUGAAUUUCAUCCAGAGGCGAUGAUCAGUCUAUCGCAACAGUAUCGCAUGUCAUCGGAAAUCAUGAGGCUGAGCAAUGAACUGGUGUACAGUGGAAGUCUUUCCUGCGGGUCAGAGGAGAUUGCCAACCAACGUCUUGUGACUUCCCUUGCAGCCAUGGAAGGGAAGGCCUCGUGGCUGCAAGCCAUUCUGGAUCAAUCCAGGGCUGUUAUCUUCCUUGACAUGCCAGAGGACUGCACCGAAGACAAGGAGCCUACCAAGAAUCCAGAAAAACUCGAGAAACUUGAAGCCUCACGAAGAAACAAUUUGCGAGAAGCAGGCGUGGUAUGUAAAUGUGUUUCAGCGCUGGAGCAGGGAAAUGGCAUGUUGGAUACGAAUGUGUACACUAUUGACCAAUACCAGGGAAGAGACAGCGAUUGCGUGAUCGUAUCUUUUGUGCGAUGCUCUGGUUCUGUUGGUCCGUUGCUUAAAGAUUGGCGACGAGUUAACGUUGCGCUCACGCGGGCGAAGCAGAAACUAAUUCUCGUGGGUUGCUCCAAAACUUUGGCGAAAGGCAGUCACUUUCUACGGGGCAUGAUCACGCUUCUUGAAAACACACAGAGCGUUGUCCCUGUAUCGUGA